UAAAGCAUGCAAAAAGCAGAAUAAGCAGCAGCACAAGAGAGUGAAAGUGAUCAGUAUAUAUCAGAAGCAAUAAUGGCUCCACCACCUUCCAACGGCGUCGUUUCUCCAUUUGUGUGUCUGAUCGUAAGAGUGCUAACGCUGAUUUGCCUGCUCAUAUCGCUCAUCCUCCUCACCACCGCCACCGCUACCGCUUCUGUUUCUGAUUACGGCGACAUCAAAGUCAGAUUUAAAGAUUUCAGGGCUUUCCGAUAUCUAUGUGCGGCAAUCGUGAUUGGGGUGGCGUACACACUCGUGCAGACCGCCUUCACAGUAUUCCAAGUCAGCACCGGCACUCGAUUCGGAGGAAAUGGCCUCGUCUACAUUGAUUUCUAUGCUGACAAGGUUGUGUCGUGUAUACUUGCAACUGGAGCUGCUGCAAGUUUUGGGAUGACCCAAGAUUUGAAGAUUAUGGUGGAUGUAAGUGGUCUAGGCAUCACCCAUUUCAUCAAUGUCACAAACGCUGCCGCCAGCCUUUGCUUUCUGGGGUUUCUCUUCUCAUUCGUUUCAUCAGUCUUCUCAUCCUUUGCACUCCCCAAAACUGCAGCAUAAACAAGUCUGUGAGGGAGAGAGAGAGGCUUAUUAUUUCAGUGUUGUUUAAAUUAAAGACCCGUUAAUUAUUAGGAUGGUUACGUUUUCUUCUCUUGAUAUUUGAUAUAAUUACAUGUAAAUUUCUUAUGAUUUGAAAAAUUAUAUCUAGUAUUCCUGAGGUUUGCUUCCGUU